AUUGUAUCACAUUCUCACAGCUUCUUGAGCGGAGAGAAGUCUGAUGAACCGCAUAAUCAACAGUGAACCGCAGUGGUCAACAGUGAACUGCGGUGGUUAACAGUGAACUACAGUGGACAGCGAAACAGAGUCGGUGAAAGACAGUGUUAGUGACAAACUAUGAUAGACAGUGACAGAAGGUGAUAGACAGUGCCAAAUGACCAUACAGUGGCAGAUGGAUAGACAGUGCCAGAUGACCAUACAGUGGCAGUGACAUACUGUCAGAUCCUCUGACAGCUUAUGGAAAUAAACGGUGGUAGCUGGCGUUGAUAGACAGCAACAGCGAGAUAAAGGGAAGCAGACAAAAUGUGGCUUACAAUAAUUGCCGUAUUUAUCUGCGUGUCGUCGCUGACUCUUACAGAACAGACAGAAACCUGCACUGACAGAGGCAACACAGAGCACGCCGAGAUCCUGGUGGACCCGAACAAGGUUAACAUGGUGUUGUGGUACAGGCCGCAGGAGGCAGAGACCACAGUCAACCUCACCGUCUUCUUCCGCAAGUUAGACAACGACAACAACGGCCCGGACGACGAGACCAGCGUCUCCUUCUCCGCCAACAACACCCACCAGUUCACGGAGAUCACCGUUCAACAGGUUCACAACAUCGGGCAUGGUGAGACCGGGACAGCUAGGGUGUACGGGGUGUACCGGGGCGGACUGUACAAGCAACUGGGGUAUGUGAUGAUAACCAAGAUAGCAGCCACCAGCUCGGGGCCCGUGGAGUGGGUCAACUGCACGGAGUUGGGGCUUUCCUCCGGGAAGCACAGUGCAGACAAGUGGUCAGCGAUGGAGAGCACGCUGGAGGUGCUGGUGUUGGUGCUGGGGAUGGUGGUGCUGGUGCUGGUGCUGGUGGUGGUUCUAGUACUCUACCACAACCACACUCUCAGGAGGAGAAUAUCAGAACCGACUACGGAAGGCGCACAAGGUACACCAUUGAUGAACGAGGAAAAGGGAUGGAGCCCGAGGGCAGACUACUGCAGCCAUGAAGUCGACACCACCCUCACCGCCGUGGGGCGGGCCGCAGCGACAACGACGGACACGGGGUCGACCCUGGGGAGUCGGCCUCGAUGUAGGCGGCUUCCCACUUCCCUUCGUUAGUUAGGAGAAAUGUGGGGUAAUGGUCUGUAGUGCUAUCGACGAUUAUCCCUGAAGUGAGUGGAGAGGUUAUGUUGGUCCAGAUGUGAUCAAGAGCCGUGGCAGUACUA